UUCAAAACUGGGAAUUGAAAGACCCUACCACAGGCCGCGCUACUCCCGUUGCCUCCGCCACCCGCCACCAGACAGUUACUGACAUCGUAAGAGGUUAGGUAGAAGCAAAAUGGGAAGAAAAGCAGGUAAGUACAAGAAGAAAGAGAAUAAUGACUCGAAGAAAAAGACAACGUAUCACGAUGAGGACAAUGAUGAUAUGAUGAAUGAUGAAAUUGAUGCUUUUCACAAACAGAGAGAUAUAGUUCCACUAGAUUUAGAUGAAGAUGCAGGGGAGUCUGAUGCUGAUUUUGAGCAUCCAGUUCUUGACUUUGAGGAUGAAAAAUAUGAUAUGGAUGAUAAUGAGGAUGACAACGAUGAUGACAUUGAAGACGACUCUCAACUUACGGGCUUUGCUGCAAAACUUCUGAGGCAACAGAAAUAUUUACGAGCUAAGACUGGUGGGGUUGAGGAGGAAAUGGAUGAUGAUGCUGAAGAGGAAGAAGAAAAAGAAAGGGCUGUUUGGGGCAGAGCAAAGAGUACUUUUUACAAUGCUGAGAACAUUGACUAUGAGAUACAAUCAAGUGAUGAGGAGCUACCUGCUGAAGAGGAGGAAGAGGUUUUGAGAUUGCAGAAGGAAAAGGCAAAAUCUUUGACAGAAGAAGAUUUUGGUCUUGAGGAUGUCACCGACAAUGAGGGUGACAAGGAACCCACAUUCGAGGAAAUUUUGGUCCAUGGAAAACCUGCAUUUAAACCUUAUGCAAGCAAAGAAGGUAAAGAAGAUAAUGCAACUGCUUAUGAGGAAGUGAAGAAAGACAUAAAUGCAUUGACCAGGGAAGAGCAAAUGGAUGUGCUGAAUAGUUCUGCACCAGAGUUAGUUGGUUUACUGUCAGAACUUGAUGAUGCUCUUGGGCAGCUUGAAAACAAGGUGAAUCCACUCUUAAGCAAGAUCAGAGAUGUAAAGAAUGCAAUCAAAGGAGGGAUGCAUUAUAUGGAGAUCAAACAGCAACUUUUACUCUCCUAUUGCCAGGCAAUUACAUUCUAUCUUCUUCUCAAGUCAGAAGGGCAGCCUGUUCGUGAUCAUCCUGUAAUUUCUAGGCUUGUGGAGAUCAAGAAUUUAUUGGACAAGAUGAAGGAACUUGAUGACAAUCUUCCUCCUGAGCUUGAGGAUAUUCUGGACGAGAAUGAAUCUGCUCUGAGAGUGGAGAAGCUGGUUCAAGAGAAUGUUCCAGCAAACUCUGUAUCUUGUUCGGAGGUUCACAAGCCCGCUGCUGUCCCUGUUGAGACAAUAGAGAAACCAGGGGCUCAUGAAGGAGCUUCUUUAGUUGAAGAGGAUUCUUUCAAGGAGUACAAGGUGACGAAAUCAAAAUCCAGGCAUCAGGAUGAUCAAGUUGGUAAGCAGAGCAUGGAGAUGUUAAAAGUAAGAGCUGCCCUUGAGGAGAAAUUGAAGCAGAAGGGCAUCUUUAGUUCUAUAACAAACAAGCAUUAUAGAGAUAAAAAGCGCUCCCUACCUGUUAAUGGGCAACUUGAGACAUUAGAGGACUUUGAUGAUGAUGCUAUUGAGUUAGAAAAGGUCAAUCAUCGAACAGAUCUCAGGAAUGGGAGUCUUUUGCAUCCACUUAAACUCUCCAAGCUUGUGGCUCCUCAGGCAAAUAAGACAAAGGUUGUUUCUGGUGACGAUGAUUUACCAAAAAGAGAUGACAUAGGAGAGAGGCGAAGAAAGCAUGAACUUAGAGUUUUGGCUGGGGCUGGAAUAAGAACUGUUGAUGAUGUGGAUGAUGAAUCUGGAACUCUUGUGAAUGAGGGAGUUCCAGAAGUUGAUUUGGAUGGUGAGACCGAGUCAGAUUUGGAAUUUUACAAGCAGGCAGAACUGGAACAUACUUCAAAGCUUGCAGCAAAGGCGGAGAUGCAUACUAGAUCCACAAAACUCACACCUUUGCCAGAAACGCUUGUAGAUGGGAAGCGCCAAAUUUCUUAUCAGAUGGAGAAGAACAGAGGGUUAACUCGUGCUCGGAAGAAGCUAACCAAAAAUCCAAGAAAGAAGUACAAGUUGAAGCACCAAAAAGCAGUGGUGCGUAGGAAGGGACAAGUGCGAGAUAUCAGGAAGCCAACUGGUACUUAUGGUGGGGAAGCCUCGGGUAUUAAUGCAGCAAUCAGCCGCAGCAUUAGGUUUAAGAGCUAGCCAUUGCGGUGCAGCAUUUGUAUUUUUGGAAAUAUGAUGUUUUAUAUAUAUGUUUUUGCAGUAAUUAUCAUGUUGAAGAGGGAAUUUUAGGUUGAGGGAAGUUCAUAUCCGCUGUCUAUUUUUAAGUAGACAUACAAUUUUUGUGAUUGUGACAAAAGAGUUUUGGAGUUUUCAAUUAGAUCUUACCUUCAUGCAUUCAUGGUCCAC